AUGUCCAAUAAAAAUGCUGAUGAACAUUACAAGCUCCUUAAACUUGGAAGAGAAAAGUACACAGCUGAAGAUUAUAAAGGCGCAGUUUGUUGUUUAACUAGUUGUUCUAUUAGUAAAAAUAAUCAAAUAAAAAAUGAAGCUAAAUUAUUGUUAGCAAUGAUAUAUAUAAAAGAAAAUUUAUUUUUUGGAAAGGAUAUAAAAGAUAAAACUAUUCAGGCUUUUCAAUACUUUAAUGAAGUUUUUCAAAGCAAUUCAGAAUUCAGUAAAAAAGCCAGAGAUAUGCUUAUAAUAUGCUACCAAGAUGGAAUCGGUGUUGAAAGAGACGAUUCAAAAGCUGCUGAGCUUUAUAAAGAGAAACAUAAAAAAAUAAAAAAAAUUUAA